AUGUCUGAUCGACCUAAUAUUAUCCUCUACACUGAUGCCACUCCCAAUGGAAUAAAAAUUACCAUUGCACUGGAGGAGCUGGGUUUGCCGUACAAGACCGAGCACGUCGAUAUCUCCACCAACCGUCAGAAGGAGGAUUGGUUCCUCGAGAUCAAUCCAAACGGCCGCAUUCCCGCUUUGACGGACACCUUCACCGAUGGCUCCCCCAUCCGCCUCUUCGAAGGCGGCUCAAUCUUGCAGUAUCUUGCCGAACAGUACGACAAGGACCACAAAAUCAGCUUCCCCAAAGGCAGCAGGGAGAGCUAUGAGAUGAAUAAUUGGCUGUAUUGGCAGCAUGGCGGCCUGGGGCCCAUGCAAGGCCAAGCCAACCACUUCUUCCGCUAUGCUCCGGAGAAGAUUAAGUACGGAAUCGACAGGUACAUCAACGAGUCUCGACGCUUGUACCGCGUGUUAGAUACUCACCUGAGCAAGAGCAAGUCCGGAUACAUCGUGGGAGAUCAUGUCUCACUCGCCGACAUCACCAGCUUUGGCUGGGUAUACUGGGCCGGCUGGGCCGGCGUUGACAUCGAGGAGUUCCCCAACGUGAAAGCAUGGGAGGCCAAAAUGACGGCCCGCAGCGCCGUCGACAAGGGCAAGGAUAUCCCGAAGAAGCUGAAUGUCAAGGAGAAGCUGAAGGAUCCCAACUUUGCCGAGAAGUAUGCAAAGCAGGCGUCUGAAUGGAUCAUGAAGGGUAUGAAGGACGAUUCCGGAACAAAGUGA